AUGGCCCAUCACGUAUCUAGCGUCGCCUGGUCAGCUAACAGACUCGACGUCUUCGGCAUUGGCACUGAUAAUGCCUGCUGGCAUAUGUGGUGGAAUGCUUCCAGCUGGGGUGGAUGGGAAUCACUCGGUGGAGUGUUCAGCAGUCCCAUUGAAGCUGUCAGCUGGGGCCCGAACAGGAUUGACCUUUUUGGCCCUGGCACCGACAACACCUGCUACCACAAGUACUGGAAUGGAUCCAGCUGGAGCGGCUGGGACAAACACGGAGGGGUUGCCAGUAGUGCUGUCCGUGCCGUGAGCUGGGGUCCCAAUCGACUGGGCAUCAUUGUACGCGGCACAGAUAAUGCCUGCUGGCACAAAUGGUGGAACGGCUCGAGCUGGGCCGGAUGGGAGUCACUCGGCGGCAAGAUAAACAGUUGCGUUGAGACCAUUAGCUGGGGACGCAACAGGCUAGAUCUGUUCACCUUGGGUACCGACAACGCUGUCUGGCAUAAAUGGUGGAAUGGAAGCAGUUGGGGUGGAUGGGAGAGCCUUGGAGGUGUCGCUACCAGUCCUGUCUCCGCUGUUUCUUGGGCCUCUAACAGUAUUGAUCUCUUUGUCAAAGGCACUGAUAAUGCUUUGUGGCAAAGAUGGUGGGAUGGUACCAACCGGGGUGUCUGGGAGUCCCUUGGUGGAGUCGUUACUAGUGAUGUCAAAGUUGCUAGCUGGGGCAAAGAUCAUCUGGAUGUAUUUGUGCGAGGGUCUAAGAAUGACGCUUGGCAUAUAUCCUGGCACAAUGGUAAAUGGGGCCAAUGGGGUCGACUCGGUGACAAGACCUUGUUUAGUGCAAUCUCAGCUGUGUGCUGGGGCGUUGGUCGACUGGAUCUUUUUGCAGUUGCGACUGACAAAAACGCCCUUUUGCAUCAGGCAUGGGACGGCAAAGCUUGGCGAGGGUGGGAGAGCUGUGGUGGGAUCUUGCUCAGCCAGCUUCGGAACGUUUAG